AUGCCCAAGAGAAAGGCCGAAGGGGAUGCUAAAGGUGAUAAAGCCAAGGUGAAGGAUGAACCACAGAGAAGAUCUGCAAGGUUGUCUGCUAAACCAGCUCCUCCAAAGCCAGAGCCCAAGCCUAAAAAGGCGCCAGCAAAGAAGGGAGAGAAGGUACCCAAAGGGAAAAAGGGAAAAGCUGAUGCCAGCAAGGAUGGAAAUAACCCUGCAGAAAAUGGAGAUGCCAAAACAGACCAGGCACAAAAAGCUGAAGGUUCUGGAGAUGCCAAGUGAAGUGUGUGCAUUUUUGAUAACUGUGUACUUCUGGUGACUGUACAGUUUGAAAUACUAUUUU